AUGUUCGAACACAGCAAGCUAGCUAUGAGUUGUAAACGAUUUUGUUUCUCGGCUGUCGAUAAUGUGGUGGAAGCGCUACUAAAAUGGUUCACCACCGCACGGUCGCAAAAUAUUCCUAUCGGAGGACCAAUAUUACAAUCAAAAACUGAAGAUCUUGCAGAAAAACUGGGUCCUUCUGAAUUUAAAGCUAGCAAUGGCUGGUUGGAACGUUUUAAAGGUCUCCAUGUAAUCACAUUUAAAUCUGUGUGUGGCAAGGCUGCAUCCAUUAUUCAGACUACCGUAGAUGAGUGGGUGACAUCUUCACACCCUAACUUGCUUGAAGCGUACCACCCUAAAGAUGUGUUCAACGCGGACUAG